AUGGCGAGGUCGAACAGAUCCAAGAGCUCAGAGCGUGUAGGGAAGGGUAAAGUGACUCCAGUUCAAGUCGCUUACCUCGUGGAUCGAUACCUAUGCGACAAUCGAUUCUUAGAAACCCGAUCCAUCUUCAGAUCCGAAGCUUCUUCUCUCAUCUCCAAAUCUCCACUCCGUGAAGCUCCGUGCAGUUUGAUACCACUGGAUGAUAUCUUGAACGAAUACAUCAGCCUCAAGGAGCUCAAAGUCAUUGUCGAUCAAGAAAAUGCGAGACUUGAUCAAGAGAAGACUCGCGUUCAGAAUCUAUUACAUGGGAUGCAGGAUGUCAUGAACGCUUACAACUCCACCGCAUCUGCUCUUCCACCUCCGGCGAUUACGACGGCAGCUCACGCAACUACUUCUCAACCAAACAACAUCAGCGUCUCUCCUUCAGGCGGCACAGGGCAUAUUAACACGCCUAACCUUAUGUCAGCAUCAUUGCCAGGAAACAAAAGAGUUGGGAAUUUCACAGCUCCCUCUAGUCAAUCUAUUACCAAAAAGCGAAAGAGUCCUGAGGUUUCUCUAGGAGCUGCUUCUUCUGCUUCUAAUAAAGGUAGGAAAAAGAUACCACCGGUGGAUAACAAUGUAGCUAAUGAGUCAUCUCAUAUUACAUCAAGUGUGGCAAAGUGUUUGUUUACCAGAUCAGACGUGUCACCUCCGACCAAUCCAUCUUGUCUGAGUACACCACAAAAUCAAGCCUCUCCUCAGAGUGAUGUGUCUGUUACUCCUACAAACUGCACAAUCGUCACUAAGGAGAGAAUCACAGUCAGUCCCCACAAGCAAAAUCCUUCUUAUACCGUGGAAAGGAGCCAUAUGGUUUCUUCUUUCUCCCCUGUUAAGUCUAACGCAAAUAUGUCGAGUAAAAGAGAUCAUGCGAAAGGAAGGCUCAACUUCGAUGACAUUGAUGCCACAACGAACUUAUCUCCACCUGCUUCUGGAGAUUUUGUUUCGACUUCUUCAUCUGGCUCUGAAGCAGAAGUUGAUUUGUUUGAUAUUGAUUUUCUGAGCGACAACUUUCCAUUCUCGGAAGUGCUUGUCGAUUUCGAUAUUGCUUGUCAAGGAAUGCCAGACCCUUGCCUGCCACAACCAUCAAACUGUUCCUUUCAGUUAGCCUAAGCAGGCUUCUAGAAAGCUUUAACGGUAAUGUAGAUCACAC